CUGACGUGGCGCGUGGGCGCAAUUCAACCCUGCCAAUCCUGUCUGAGGUCCUGCAUGAAGUUUCAGGAUGUAAUCUGAAAUGCAUUCAGGGUCGGCCUCGGGACUUUCCAAAUCUCCCCUGCCAUUGUGAAAACAAAAUUAGACGCAUCUGGUUUCAGUUCGUAGGCGGCGCAUUUUAAAAGACGUGGGGGUGGCGGGGAUAGAAACUCUAUAUUAAGGGUCUUAAUGAGGGGGACAUGUUCAAUCAUUCCCGCAUUAAUCGUACUGUAUUGUACAUGUUACGCCAACAGACAUAAGGCAUGGGAUUCAGACUUGAUUGUAUGCCGGAGGAGGAGAGCGCCACGAUGACAGAACAGGGACUGUUAACGGCGCUGAUUAUACGGGACAGGAGUGAAAACAAGAAGAUAUUUUAUUGUGUUGCUUGCAGCAUGGUUGCAGUUGUGAUGCUGACCACCCUGCCGUUUUAUUUGUUUUUUUUCAUCAAACUGGAUGCAGCUGGGUCAGCUUUGAUUCCUUUAAAUGUUGAUGAAAACGGUGCAGUCAGUUCCAGGAUUUCCCAGCCUCGCGAGAUACCGGUACCCAAAGCUCAUCUCACUGCGAUGGCACACAAUUUAACAAGUUCUGAAGACGCUGAAAACCAAUUUCUACCAUGGGAACACCAACAUGGACAGGCUUUCCUAAAGAAUGGCUUGGAUUACCAGGACAAUGCACUGGUCUUCCCCAUAAGUGGAGAUUACUUUGUUUACGCUCAAGUCACAUUUCGUGAGAUUUACAAGAAAGAAAAAUGUGAACCUAGGAUGCUGAAGCAGACCAUCACCAAGGUGACUGAUAAGUACCCAGUACCCACAGAGCUUGCGACUGCCAGCCAGACUGUGUGCGAGACUGGCAUGUGGGUAAAGACCAUCUAUGUUGGUGCAAUUUUUCAACUUGAUAAAGGAGAUAGGCUGAAAGUUAAUGUCAGUAACAUUAGCUUGGUAGAUUUAACUAGUGAGAAAAAAACAUUCUUUGGUGCGCAUUUACUGCAAAGUAGGCAGCUUGAUUAAAUGGUAAUUAAAAAAAUCUUUAAACUGCCUCUUCCCUAUUUCAAAAUUUCAGCUCAAACUUUAUUUUAAACGUGGUUGUUCAGAUAAUGACACUUUCAGUAAAUUGCUCCCAAGCUGUACUUGGUUCUUAUGAAGCUCAAGUUUAUAAAGAGGAUAUGACCAUGCAGAAGUAUAUCAAUAUUACAUAAGUAUAUUCAAUUUACUGUUAUACAACAAGUAUGUAGUGUACUACAUUUAUUCUUUACCAAUUCAUUUGGAUAGAACAAAAACACUAUUUGUAUGGUAUGUAAAAACAACAAAUGGCUUACAGAUCCGAAUCCCAAAUGAUUACAAAGUGCUUCUUGUUUUAAAGCAGCAUUUAGAUUAGUGAAUGUCUGGAAUGUUCAGCACUGCAGCCUGAGGGUAUGGAACGGGUUACCUAGCCAUCACUGGCCCUUUAACACCCAACUUGACAAAGCUGUGAGGGCAGUCCGCUAGGAACUGGUCAAGCAUCGAUGGGCGUCAUGCCCAUAUCAUAAAUUUUCUGAUCUUUUUAUAUAUUAAAAAAAAAAUCAUGAAGACAUUUGAAUCCUUGUAAUUUGUUCUCUUCUAACUAGUUAAAUUAUCUAUAAGCUUUGGAUGUGAAUUCUCACUUAACUAUAUUUAUUUUGUGAUAAAAAAGGUAUAUCAAAAAGAGGAAAUGAAUAUCCAGUCUACCAAACAAUGUGAGGAACACAUGGCUAAACCCACAUUAACUUCAUUGAUGUGUUCUUAAUCUGGCAUUCUCAAUCCUAAAAUGUCUAUUGUCAUACUGUAGGGGUGAAUGAUUUACAAAAUAAAAAUGUAACUGUUGAUAUAGGGGUUCCACAGUAUACUUUAUAGUUCUUUAUAGUUUGAAAGCAGCAUGCACUAAACAAAGUCACAGCAUUCCCAAUCGGAUGCCACAGUUAGACCAGUCUAUUACAUUUUAUGAAUAUGCAAUACUUUGUUUGGUAGGCUUGCAUAAGAUGUGCUAGGGCAGAUAUGACAUAUUGUCACUGUAAUUAUGUUGAGAAACAGACCCCUGGCAGAUUGUGGGUUAGCUUCUCUGUGGCUUACUGAUUGUAGGGUUAAAUAUAUAUAUAUAUAUAUAUAUAU